AUGAAGCAUGUUGUGGUUGAGGGUGGGCGCCAUAGGUUCCAGUACACGUACAAAUGGUUUAUCAGGGGAGAUAUUGUUGGCCUGAUGAAAAUCAAAGAGUGUGAUGAUCAAGUGAAGACUAACCCAGUCUCAGUGUUGGACAAGAAGAUAGAUAAGAUGAGAGUUGGUUUGAAGAGAGAGAUAAAGGAGGUUGAUUAG